AUGAAUUCCUCAAGCUGGGCACUGCGGCAAUCGCUUGCCCGCAAAGUCGAAUCAGCCCUGCAGCAGCAAUUCCACAGCGCAGCGACCGGCUCAUCAGCAUCAGCCAACCCCUCCCCGUUCACGCCACGGGCCCCCCCUUCCUCCAGGCCGUUCUCGCGGACGCCGCGUAGGCACAACAACCAGCAGCAGCCGGCCGAAGACCCGAACUUCACGUCGAUCCUGGACAACCCGCCGCAGCUGGUGCGGACAGGCAGCCGGCACAACAAGGCCGGGCUGGCGUUCCUGGCCAUCAUCCCCGUGACGGCGUUCCUGCUGGGCACGUGGCAGGUGCAGCGGCUGGGCUGGAAGACGGAGCUGAUCGCGCGGUUCGAGGACCGCAUCGUCCGCAGCCCCCUGCCGCUGCCCCCGCGCGUCGACGCCGACGCCAUCCACGACUUCGACUUCCGGCGCGUCGUCGCCCGCGGCCGCUACCGGCACGACCGCGAGAUGCUGAUCGGCCCGCGCAUGCGCGACGGCGAGGACGGCUACAUGGUGGUGACGCCGCUGGAGCGCGAGGGCGGCGAGGGCGCGACGGUCCUCGUGAACCGCGGCUGGAUCAGCAAGAAGCACAGGGCGCAGAACAGCAGGGGGCCCGGGGCUCUGCCGCAGGGCGAGGUCGUCGUCGAGGGCCUGCUCAGGGAGCCGUGGAAGAAGAACAUGUUCACGCCGGACAACCGGCCGGAUAUAGGCGAGUUCUACUUCCCGGACGUCAAGCAGAUGGCCGAGUUGACGGGAAGUCAGCCUGUUUGGGUCGAGGCGACGAUGGAGCCGGAUUGGUCCCAGACUCUUGAGAUGGAGACAAGGGGUAUCCCUAUUGGCAGAGCUGCCGAAGUCAACCUGAGGAACAACCACGCUCAGUACAUCUUCACAUGGUAUGGACUCGCAGUGGCAACGUCGAUCAUGUUCUACAUGGUAGUGAAGAAGCCACCAACGGACAUUUCUCGACGUGUACGGAUGAACAAGAGCUGGUAA